UUCGAUACAUCGCACGAAGUCGGAUUGUUUUGAAUUUAAAAAAUUUAUGAAAAAGCAGCUCGAUCCGUCACAACCAUGGAAUCACAACGCAUCAAGACGUUGACUGAUUGCAAAAAUCAGCGGUAUAAUUAUAAAUAUUGUAUAAUUAAAAUUUGUAAUCGGAUCACCUCAAAUGUAUAACCACGGAAGAAUAACACUAGCUGCAGCGAAAAGUCAAACCUUUGGAUUAUUUGGUGAUACACAAGAUAUCCUUCACAGGCGAAUAAAUUAAUAGCCUCAAAAUACGAUAAUAUUCAUUCUAAAAAAGUAUUUGGAAAGUAUUACCUUCCCGAGCGUGAGCAAGUUUACAAACCGAGAUUGUUGAAGAAGUUCUACAAAAAACUAAAAAUCGAGAGAACUUCGUGGAUUAUUGUCUCAGGUUGAACUUUUUUUCACAUAAAGGUCAAGGAGAAUGAUUUUGCGAAGCAUUGCGACUCCUUGCUGCAACAAAUAGGAUAAUCAAAUUACAAUCAUUGAUUCAAAAAUAUCAUUAUAAUAACAGAAAAAUAAACACUGCACUAUAGUUUUGUAAAGCCACCAAUAAGGUUAUCAAGGACCAUCCAAUUAAAUUCUAUCGUUUGCUAUUCACCAUACGGUUACUCUGGCCAAGUAUUUUUACAAUAUAACAUUGACCUGUCAGAAAUAAAAGCUGUAACAUGGUGGAGGUUCCGAACGUUAGAAAAAUAAGAAUCCAGACUUAACAAAACUGGAGUUUAUGUCGAUAACUUCAAUUUGCAGAAAAAUGACAAGAUUCUAUUGUCCAUUGGGGCAACAGAUUAUUACCGUACCAAAGUGACGGCAGUUUUGUAUUUGUGAAAUAUGUAUACAUGAAAUCGUUAAAAUUUGUACAGGUCUGUUCAGAGCCAAAUUAGUAAAAGUGGUGCUACAACUGUUCAAUAAUCAGUAAAUGAUGAACAGAAUCAUAAAGUAUAUUAACGCAUGGCUGUUGAGGACAAGCAAAUAUACGUGCACCCAACGAGUUUAGAUACAAUAUACCAUAACAUAUACUAUGUUCUACCAGGUUUGCAUCACAGAAGUAUAUGUUAAUGUCAGUUAAAUUUUAUAGCAACGUAAUUGAACAAAAAUCGUUCAAAACCUGGAAAUGCUAUACCAAACAUAAAAUCUUAGGCAGAAAACUCAAGUAUAAAUCAGACUUUUUUUACACAAUGAGAUUGAAACAAAGGGCCCUGAAUGCGCUAUUGAAACACGUUGCUUAUAAUGAGAACAAAAAAUUAGCCGCACAAAAAUUUCAGCUCUUCUACCAAAAGGUAUUAAUCAAGACUGCAUGGAAUGAGUGGUGUAGCAUAAUCGACGAAGAUAAAGAUGAUUUACAGUUGAGGUAUGAGUUAUCAUCGGUGAUAUCAUUCUACAAGCGUCGCAUUGUUACAAGGUAUUUUGAAAAGUUUAUGGUAUACAUCAACAUACAACGGAAAAUAAAAUCUCUGCAUCUCAGAACGAAUGAUUUGUGUAAAACGUUUUACCGCAAAAGAUAUAUGAUUAUUUGGAAAACUGCCUACAGGACACAAAGACGAAUCGGAAAAUUACAUGAAACGGCAUUAAUAUUUCGGGAUAAGUUGGUGAUGCGAGACACUAUUUUGCUAUGGAUAAAAUCUUACAAUGCUAACAUACUCCAAAAGAGACAAUUAAAUACAUCUGUUUUACAUUACGAAAAUAAAAUAAUUAGCAAAUGUUUUUGUUCAUGGAUAAAUUUUUGCAAUGAAAAUAUUAGAGCUGAAAAUUUAUUUCGUGAAGCUUCUGAGUACUACUCAGAAAUAUUACAGCAAAAAAUGUUGAAAAAGUUAUUGAUGAACGUCGCAAGGAAGAAGAUUAAGCAACGGCAAGUACAAAUCGCUAAAACCUUACAUGACAAUAAUGUUCUCUGUAAACUCUUUGUGGCGUGGAGGGAGUACUAUUGGAAAUGUAAAGGUUUAAGAGACAAAUUGGGGAAAUGCGAUCGCAAUAUGAGGAAGAGAUUGAAAACAAGGAUUCUUGUACAUUGGAAAUUAUAUGUACGAUGUAGGAAGUGUAGUAUAUCAAAAUUAUCAAUGUCCACAAUUCACUAUAGCAAAAAAAUAUGUGCUGAAAUAAUCCUACACUUGAAGAGUCGUGUGCAGUACAAAAAAGGAAAAAGUAGCCAAUUAAAUUAUUUGAAGGAUCGAGUAGAAGCAAUCAAAUUCAGUUUUAAACUGAGGUGCUUUCAACAAUGGAGACUGGCUCACCUGCACAUGCUCAAAGAAAAAUCUAAAAUGUUUUACGCUGCCGAAUUGCACGAAUCUAAUUUUAAAAGGAAAUAUUUUCUUGUAUGGAAUAAAUUCCUGAUAAGGCAUAAACUUGAAUGCAAAAUCCAAGCAGUUUUGUACGAAAGUGUAAAGUCUUAUGUUCUAAAAAACUGGUUGAUGGUUUGGUACAGGAGGUAUCGAAGAUCACUUGAUCAUCAUCAGAGAGAAAAACAGGCUGCUAAAAUUCACGAAAUGAAAAUACAGCAGCGAUGUUACAUCACAUGGAAAUGUUUCUGUGAUAUCCAAAUACGAGAGAAAAAUGAUAUCAAUCAUGCAAAAGAUUAUUAUUGGAAGCUAGUGGUUAAAGAGGGUCUGCAGAGUUUUGUUAAACUUUAUCUUCAAAAAACCGAAUUUCGAUUCGAAACACAUUUGAGGUACAUUACAAAAAAUUCAUGUUACGAAUAUGAAUUGCGCCGAGAAUAUUUCAACAAGUGGCGCAAGGCUGUGUCCUCCGUUGCGAAGAAUUGCGCACAAAUGACCAAAAAUCAGAAUGAUGGACAGAAUUUAAACCCUACAAGAACUACUUACUUUAAUGAGAACAAAAGUAUUCCACAUCUGACUCCGCGCUACGUCAUUCCCAAGUUCAUGAAAGAUGAAGCUAAAUUGCAUUUCGGUAUCGCACACUAUUCAGAUUACAAACCAGUAGGUAACGUCAGAGAAGGAGGUAUACCAGGGAAAACGCGUCGUCUGGUGCAAUUGCCUGAGCAAGCAGAACAGAUGAGAUAUUUCGGGGAAAGUAUGGCCGUUUCAUAUGGAGUCUUGCACUUAUAAUUUCGUGACAGUCUGAAAUCAGAUGCCGAUUCUGCAAA